GGGGCAAGCCGCGGGGCCCGGUGAGGGGCGAAGGCGAGGAAAAGUGCCGCGAGGUGCCCGCCUUACGGGCCCGGGAAGCAAGGCUGAGUAGGCCUGCUCGGCCCCUCUUGGAGUUCUUGGCAUUCCCACUUUCCACCUCCGGGCAAUGGAUCCGCUUUAGGGACCCCUUUCACAGAGAGAAAGCGUGGCUCUUCAUGGGCAAGAUGGACAGCCUUGUAAAGUACAUACUGGCCGAGUAGCACUGCUAAAGCAGGAACCUUCAUUCGGCGGCCUCGCUGAAGUCGUAGUCUCGGCUCAGCUGCUCUCCCUCUCGCCCCUCCUGUCUUGUUGCUUUUGAGUCUACAGAUAAUCCGGUUCUCAAACUGAGCGCCUCCUGGGCUGCUGAUCUGCUAGACCUUGCCUGACUGCCUGAGAAAAUGAAGAUCAGCACAGAUGAAAGCAGUGGGUCUGAGGAUGGAACUGAUGAAGAUGAUGAUGCAGAGGAGGAGGACGGAGGAGGAGGUCUGUCAGAUGAGUCUGCAAAUGAAUGUCUUAAGAGUCUGGAGGCAGAGAAUAAACUGUCUCAGCACAACAGCUCUCAGGACCAGGAACAAGUCCUGAGCGGAGGGCACAGAGUCAAUAGGCAGGCAGGCAAGAAGAGCGACCAGUCAAGUGUCUCUCUGAUAGAUCUGGAAGAACAAACUGCAGAAGAAUGUGAACCAGAGGAAUUAAGGCAAAGAAAAAAGAAAAAGCACAGGCUGCUGUCUAUCAACUUGGCCAACUGCAAAUAUGAGAGUGUUAGGCGUGCUGCUCGGCGCUGUGGUCUAAAAGAAGUGGGGGAGGACGAAGAAUGGACUGUUUACUGGACUGACUGCUCAGUCUCCCUGGAGCGUGUCAUGGAAAUGAAGAGGUUUCAGAAAAUCAACCACUUUCCUGGCAUGGCAGAGAUCUGUCGCAAGGACCUCCUUGCACGUAACCUCAACCGCAUGCUCAAGCUCUUCCCCAAAGAGUACAGCAUCUUCCCCCGUACUUGGUGCCUACCAGCAGACUAUGGGGACUUCCAAGCCUAUGGGCGCAUGAGAAAAAACAGAACCUACAUCUGCAAGCCAGACAGUGGCUGCCAAGGUCGAGGCAUCUUCAUUACACGUAAUCCUAAGGAGAUCAAGCAUGGCGAGCACAUGAUCUGCCAGCAGUACAUAGCCAAGCCCUUCCUAAUUGAUGGCUUCAAAUUUGACAUGCGCAUCUAUGUCCUGAUUACCUCCUGUGACCCGCUGAAGAUCUUUGUUUAUGAGGAGGGGCUGGCACGCUUUGCCACCAUGAGGUACAUCGAGCCCAGCAGCGGCAACCUGGAUGAUAUCUGCAUGCAUCUGACCAACUACGCCAUCAACAAGCAUAAUGAGAACUUUGUACGUGAUGACAACACAGGCAGUAAGAGAAAGCUAUCCACACUGAAUACCUGGAUGCGCGAGCACAACUACGACACAGCUGAGCUGUGGCGGGACAUUGAGGACAUCAUCAUCAAAACCCUAAUUGCUGCCCACCCUGUACUGAAACAUAAUUACCGCACCUGUUUUCCUAAUCAUAUUUCGGGCUGUGCCUGCUUUGAAAUCCUUGGCUUUGACAUCCUCCUUGACAGGAAGCUCAAACCUUGGUUGCUGGAGGUCAACCACUCACCCAGCUUUACCACAGACUCAAGGCUGGACCGUGAAGUCAAGGACGCCCUGCUCUGUGAUGCACUCAAUCUCAUCAACUUGCGUGCCUGUGACAAGAAGAAGGUCCUGGAGGAGGACAAGAGACGUGUGAAGGAGCGUCUUCUCCAAGUCCACCAGCCACCUCGUGAAACCAGGCGAGAACAGAUGGAGAAUAGCCAGGCUGCCUGGCUGGCCCAAGCAGAACAAUAUGAGAACAGCCACCUGGGUGGUUACCGGCGCAUUUUUCCAGCACGUGGUACAGAAAAGUAUGCCCCCUUCUUCAAGCACAGUGGAUCCCUCUUUCAAGAAACAGUUGCCUCCAAGGCUAGAGAGGAGUGUGCCAGGCAACAACUGGAGGAGAUUCGCCAGAAGCAGGAACAGAGGGAAAACACUGCUGGAAAGAAGAAAAGGGAAGUGAAAGAGAAUUUGCAAGGAGAAUCUGCAGGAGAGAAAUCCCAUGAGAAAAACAGGGGCAAAUCUUCCCUCACUCGCAUAGCGUACAGCCACAGCAAAACUUGGAAUCCAAAGAUGCCCUCCUUGCCAUAUGACAGCAUGAGUCCCCAAGCUAUUGUAGAGGAGGAGGAAGUAGAGCGAGUCAAAGCCCUUCUGCGGCGUGAAAACCUAAUCCGAGGGCUUGGCAUUGUCGACCAGCUCACCCGCCUGCUCCGUCACACAGAGCCAAGACCAAUGGAAAUCCAGAGGCCCCACAUCAACAUCUCUGAAAGUCAGCCACACUUCCUCCAGGAUAUGUUUCAUAACCGUGAACCCCAGAAUCUGAUGACCCUCGUCCCCCUCUCCCUCCUAGGGGGCUCUGUCCAGGAGUUUGGGCAGCAUAUCCUGCAGCAACCCAGUGCACGUGUCCAGUUGCUGGGUAACCAAGGCUUCAUUCCCACCAUCCUGGGUGCUCUGUCAGGCCUAGGCCCUUCCCGAGAGUCCUCCUACCCAUCACACCUGAAACCACAACUCCACCUCCAGCCACCCAAGAACAUGAGCUGGCUGGGUACUGCCAUGGUGGGAGAGCCCUGCACUCUUGCCCAGAUGCUGAAGACAGGAGGGAGACGCUUUGCCAGUGCCAAGAGCAAGCUGGAAGGCAGCAGCCCUGUCAGCAGGAGGCCCUUGUACAUGAGCACCGGCUCCUUGAGCUGCCUCUCUCAUACCGGGAAAGCGUCCAGCCACAUGUACAACAGCUUCCCGUUCCCAGCUGCGCCGGCCCCCCUAAAUCGCAUGGACAUGCAUGGACUGGCCAUCAACUCUGCCUCAGCCCCUCUUAUCCGGCGCACGAGCCCACACCGCUCCAGCAACAUGACUGCCCUGCACUUCAACCAGCCAAGGAAAGGGACUUGACUUGAAUUCUCAGCAGCAUAGAGAUUCUAAGAAGAACUGGGGCUUGGGGAGAGGUCCAUUGCUGAUGCCAAGGCCAAGAGGGACAAGAAGAGUAUAGGAGCCUCUGCCCUAUUGCUGUAGCCUGGUGUGAUGGCCCUGACGUGAGACACGCCCCACAUCCCUUUCAGGCCACUGUGAUUUUUGCUACAGACAGCAGCCAACCGAGACCAGGAUCAGGCACCUUUGGCUGUGCCAUUCCACCACCACCCCUGCCACGUGCAUCUUGGCUAUCCUGCCCCAGCUGCCAACCAGCCUACCAAAGUCCAGGCACCGCUCCUGAAGAGUACUAUGGGCUGGGAAAGAGGAGUGGUUCUUUUAUAGCUGACUUUCUAUUAAAAUUUUAUACAGU